CGCCGCCGGACGUUGCCGCCGUUGCCUAGCGAGGCACCGUAAACAACGGGCACAGACCCGUGCCGCCGCCUCUCUCUCUGCCAGGCCCGGCCGACCCCACCGCCCCGGGCGCCCGCCGCCCUCUCUGUGCCUGCCUCCGCCCGGGCCUGGCGCCGCGGUGCGGUACCUGGGAGGCGGGGGCCGGCCCGGCAGAGCCGCAGCCUCAGCGGGGCCGGGCGGCGCCGCCAGCCCCGACGCCUGGAUUCCGCGGCCCGGGGCGCUCCCGAGCCCCCGGCGCGAUCCCCGUUCCGGCUCCUUUCAGGUUUGGAGUGACAGGCGCGCGGCGGGGCACGUAAAACGCGCCGUCCCGCCCUGCACGCGCCCCGCCGGCAGAGUUCCCGCGGCGGGCGCACGCGCAGUGCCGGCACCGCACCGUCGUGCGGCAUUGGCGUGCACCUAUUUCGUGCUCCCGCGGUCUUUUAGGAAGUCGUGAAUAGGAGUUCCCGCUCUUUCCCCCGGCCCCGUGGCUUGGUUUCAUUUUAUUCAUUUAAAAGGGAGGUGGGAGUGUCAGCACUUUAAAACAGCACUUGCUAGGGGAAAAAAGUAGUGUACCUGGAUAAACAAAGCCAGAAAUCGAUCAAAAUGUGUUUCGAAUCUGUAGUUAGUAAGUUUAUAUAGUUGUUUAUGUAGUUGUUUCUGAUCGCCGUGUCCUUUAUGAUGCGAGUGUGAUUUCGGUUUCGUGCUUCGCUUGUUUGUUUUACUUCUGUUAAUAAAAUGGGGCUUUGGGUUUUUUUUUUUCAACUGAAGAUAGUUUCUCGACUCUGGAUGGCUGAGUUCUCAAACUAAAUGGAAUAAAUUGAAACGCCAAAACUCUCUUCUUUGUAACCAAAGGACAACAGUUUAAAGCAGUUUGUUUUCAACAAACUUGAAUUUUGGGGGCUUAGCUGAUGAGUUCUGCCAGUUUGGUAACACAGCUUUCUUAAAGGCAAUGUGUGGACGUUCAGCAAACUUUCCCUUGCACUGCAGUGAUUCUUAGAAUUAGCAAAAAAACCCAACCAGCCAAAUAUAAAACACCCCAUAUGCUAGGAUCCAGCAGCAUUUGGUAUCUGUGGUGAUUUUUGAAUGACAGCUGCAAAGAAAGGCCAUUCCCUGCUAUUUACAGUUGUGCUGCUGUACAGUGCUUAUGUUGUAAGAAGGAAUAACCAUGGAGUAGUAUUAGCAUCCAUGGUUGUUAAAAUAUAUAAUUAAUAAAAAAUAAUUAAAUGUGUGCUUAAACAUACAGAUUAAAACCAGAGGAAUGCUUUAUGUGUAGUAAUUAGAUACAUUUAAAAUCACACACCUCCUUUGUAGGCAACACAACUGGUUUCUCUGUUCUUGUUGAGUUAAAAUGCUUGACGCUUCGUAAGUGGAAGAAGGUUUUAAGACGCGUGUGUCUAUACAUAUAACUUUUGGAGAAAAAGGUUUUGUUUGACUGGUUUAUGUUGCCUGUGCAACCAGGCAACUUAAGGUUAAGUCUGCUAGCUUGGAAAUUAAUAGAGGCAAAAUGUAUUUAUUAAUUGAUUUAUCAGUUAUGAGUACAGCUGCUUUUCUAUCAGGUACUUUUCAAGGGUGUAAUGGUGCUUAUUUAUUCUUUAGGAAAUGUGGACUUUCUGCAUCAGCAGGAAAUGGAUUCUUAUGUAUUAUGUAAUGCAGAAAACUUUUUCUUAGUUGCAGACAACUGUGGAUGAGGUGAACACAGGAGCGGUAACAGAUUUCUUGUUGACUGAGUGAAUACUGCGUGGGGAGCGCAGGGAUGGAGUCUGUCAUGGAGGAGAUCCCAGUUAAAGUUGCAGUUCGAAUCAGACCUCUGCUUUCCAAAGAAGUACUUCAUAACCAUCAAGUGUGUGUGAGAUUAGUCCCAAAUACACAACAAAUUAUCAUUGGGAAAGACCGUGUCUUCACUUUUGACUUUGUAUUUGGCAAAAACUCAACCCAAGAAGAAGUUUAUGCUGUUUGCAUUAAGCCUCUUUUAGUGUCUUUGACUGAGGGAUACAAUGCUACAGUGUUUGCAUACGGACAGACAGGUUCUGGGAAGACUUAUACCAUCGGAGGUGGCCACAUUGCAUCAGUUGCAGAGGAUGAAAAGGGCAUAAUCCCACGGGCUAUUCAGGAAUUAUUUCAGCAUAUUUCUGAAAACCAUAACAUUGACUUCCACGUGAAAGUAUCUUAUAUAGAGGUUUACAAGGAAGAACUUCGAGAUUUAUUGGAGUUGGAGACCUCUGUGAAAGAAUUGCAUAUCCGAGAAGAUGAAAAGGGAAACACAGUGAUUGUCGGUGCUAAGGAAUUCCAAGUAGAAUGUGCAGAUGAAGUGAUAAGCCUGUUGGAAAGUGGCAAUGCAGCUCGUCACACAGGCACAACACAAAUGAACGAGCACUCUAGUCGAUCUCACGCCAUUUUUACCAUCAGUAUUUGUCAAAAACAGUCUGCAGAGUCUCAGAAAAAUACUGAUGCUGCACAGGGUUCAUCUUGGAAAUCAGUCCAGAUGAUUGCUUCAAAGUUUCAUUUUGUGGAUUUGGCAGGAUCAGAGAGGGUGACAAAGACUGGAAAUACUGGUGAACGCUUCAAAGAAUCAAUUCAGAUCAACAGUGGUCUGUUGGCCUUGGGAAACGUCAUCAGUGCCCUGGGAGACCCAAAAAGGAAAAGCGUACAUAUUCCAUACAGGGAUGCUAAAAUUACUCGUAUUCUGAAAGACUCACUUGGAGGAAAUGCCAAGACUGUCAUGAUAACAUGUAUAAGUCCAUCCUCGUCAGACUUUGAUGAAUCUUUAAAUUCCCUCAAAUAUGCCAACAGAGCCAAAAACAUUAGAAACAAACCAGUUGUAAAUUACAACCCUGAUCAAGACCGGAUUGAUGAAAUGGAACUUGAAAUCAGAUUGCUUCGAGAAGCUUUGCAGAACCAACAAGUCAGUAACCAGUGUUCACAUGAUUUAAAUCAAGAAAGAACUCGCAUCAGUUCACUUGAGGACCAGCUCACCCGGCUACAGGUUCAAUGUUUCAGUUACAGAAAUUGCGUAGAUGAAGCCUUCCCUUUUCUGGUUGAUUUGAAUGACGAUGUUAGCUUAAAAAGAAGUCAGCGGGACAGGUUACAGAGCUGGAUCACUAUGGUACAGGAGGUAAGGAAGGAAGCUCUCACCUUGCAGCAGGAAACUGCCACAGGGAUGGGGACCAGCCAAGAGCCACAUCACAUCACAAUUCUUCAGCUAAAGAGAGAACUAAAGAAAUGCCAGCAAGCUCUAGUUAUGGAUGAAGAAGUAUUUAGCCAGAAGGAUCAUGAACUGCAGAUACUGCAGAAUCAGAUAAAGACAUUACUACAGGAAAAUGAAGAACAACUGGAAUCUUUAAGGGAGGCUGAAGAAACACAUAGAUUACAGAAUGAGAAAAUGGUGGAACAGCAAAUGCUUAUUGAUCAGCUAAAAGAAAAAUUACAGAGUUUUACAGACGUGAAAACUUCGGACUUCUCAAGUGCUUGUGGAAAUGGACCAGCUGUUGUGGCACCUGCAAGGAGGCCAUACAGCGUCCCACUCACAAAGAGUCUGGUACACUCCCUUCAUCCACCUUCAGGGACAGAGACCCGAAAGGUAUAUACUAGCCCUCCUGCCUUCUCUCUGGCCAGGGUAAUGGCAGAAUUCCGUGCUCGCAGCCAGGUGAUACUGAGCAACAUAGAAGAUCAGGAUAAAGUCCUUCACUGCUACCUCUCUGAUCAGAGUGAUGAGGAAGAAGAAAACACAGGCAGCAAAAGGAAAACCUCAUUUAAGCAUUCCAUAAACCGAACAUGGACACGAAAACAGGCUUCUCUGUGCUUUCUUCCUGAUCUAAGCGACAUGAAGCGUCAAGCAGACAAGUCUCAUUUAUGCAACAAAUCUGCGCUACAAACAGACACAACCACAGGUGAAGAGAUUGACAGCCUCCAGAAAAGUCAUGUUUUUAACAUGCAGAAGUUAAAGAAUUCAGAGUUGAGACUCACUGAGGCCGAGCAAAAAAUGAGAGAACUUGCACUUAAUAUCAAAAUGAAAGAGGAACUUAUUAAGGAAUUAGUAAGAACAGGUAAGGAUGCUCAGUCUGUAAGCAGGCAAUAUUCUUUGAAGAUAACUAAACUGGAGCAAGAAUCUGAGCAGGCCAAAAUGGAAUUGGCUGAAACGCAAAAGCGGCUUCAGGAGCUGGAGAGUAAGGAGCUGAGAGACAUUCCUGAGAAAGCCAAGUUACAAAAAGAGUUCCGGAAGAAAAUGGAUGCAGCUAAGCUGAAAGUGCAGGCCUUACAGAAGAAGCAGCAAGACACUAAGAAUCUGGCUUCAUUAUCUAACCAAAGUGAGAGACGAGCAACAGAGCUUGAGCAGAAUGUGGCUCAGAUGAAGCAUCAGCAGACCCAGCUACAGAAGAGACUGUGUGAAGAGACUGAAAAAAAGAAGCACCUAGAAGCAGAGAUUCAGCGGGACCAGCAUCAAAUUAAAGAACUUCAACUGAAGAUGGAGCAACAACAGAAGAUCCUUAAACUUAAGGAUAAAGAGAUUGCUGCAUUUAAAAAGAAGAAAAAUAACUCAGUGGGAACUUCACAGAACCUACAGAAAUUAGAAGAGCAGAAGAAAUGGCUGGAUGAAGAAAUGGAAAGAAUUCUCCAACAGCACCAACAGUUAGCAGAACUAGAAGAAGAUUUAAAGAAAAGAGAAGCUAUUGUAGCCAAAAAAGAAGCACUAUUGCAAGAGAAAAGCCACCUGGAAAUCAAGAAACUGAGAUCUAGCCAGGCUUUAAAUAAAGAUAGUAUGAAAUUGUCUACUCGCUUAAGUAUGCUGGACCAGGAACUGUGUGAUAAAGGUAUGCAGCUUCAGGGCAGCACCACUGAAGAUAAGACAGACAUUUUGGAAAAAAUUCAGAUUCUCCAGACAGAAAGGGAUCAGCUGCUCAGAAGAAGAAAUAGUGUGGAUGAGAAACUGAAAGAUGGUAAAGUGUUGUCAACUGAAGAAGAACAUGUCCUUUUCCAGCUGGAAGAAGGAAUUGAAGCCCUGGAGGCUGCUAUUGAUUACAAGAAUGAAAGUAUUCAGGAUCGCCAGCAGCUGAUUAGGUCAUCUUCUCAGAUUCUUUCACAGAGUGAGAAUAAUGUAAUUGGAAAACUAGUUUCCCUGUCUGCUGCAGAGCUCAGAGCUAUCCUCUUUAAAUAUUUCAACAAGAUUGUUGGCCUACGAGAGUCUGAACAUAAAUUACAGCUGCAGAUUGAAGAACAGGAAAUGAAGGUCAUAGACCAGGAAAACAUAAUACGUGAAUUAGAAUCUGCACUUGAACACAUCAAGUUGCAGUGUGACAGGCAGCUGACCCUACAACACAAAGAACAUGAGAAAAAACUACAGUUAAUACUGCAUCAUUUCAAAGAACAAGACAGUGAAGGUAUUGCAGAAACAUUGAAAGGGUAUGAAGUAAAAGUUCAGCAAUUGGAAAAAGACCUAUUUUUCUAUAAGAAAACCAGCAGAGAGCUGAAGAAGAAACUGAAGGGCCUCUUUGGAGAGUCAUCCCAUCAAUUAUUGGCAUCCACUAAAUAUAACAGUGCUGGUGACAAGGUAUCCAGUCAAGAUGAAGCAGAAGUUGCUUCUGAAGAAUUCAAGUUGAUGCUUAACCCUGAAACCAAUAGUCAACCAGGGAAGAUAAAAGAAACAGACAGAACAAGUAUCUUAAGAGCACAGCAGAAUUCAUACAACCUUGGAGAAAAUGUUUCAGAAUUUGGGUGCAACAAAGAAUGUUUGUCGAGCACUAGUGAUGGCAAAACAGGAACAGAUGAAGCUCUGCCUUCAAAAUUUCAUCCUCAGCUACCUUCUGCUAUCCAGAGAAGAGAAACCGCAACACAGUUUCAAGGAGUAACUCCAGUAAAACUAUCUCGCCGAGAGCUACGUUAUAUUCCUCCCUCUGAAUUAUCUUUGAGACGCUCAAGCCUUGGAGUUGGUGUUAGUUUUAUUGCUCCGGAUUCUAUCGAAAUGGACAAAAAGUCUAGCGUCACUAAGACAUAGUUACUCUUCAUUGCAUUUUUAGUAGCUGUUGCUACCAAAGCAACUGUAUUAGGUUUCUUUGUUCAUGGUCUGGUUAAGUAGCAACCAUGGAUAAAUAAGUGUUCUUUAGUUCUUAUUUGUCACUAUCAAGUAGUUAGGUGUUAUACUUACAGUUUCAGUGAAUCUGAGAUGGAUUUUAAUUAGCACAGUACCUAAGAACCUUCAUUCAAAGGUCUUUUAACACUGAAUAAAUGGUUAUGUUGGUUUGAGUUUUUUUUCAGCAACUUCAAAAAAUACAAAUGUUUUUUCAGAAAUUGCACUGUGAAGCGCACAGCACUUGUGUAACUAGGGUUUCUUAGAGCAAUAUUGUAAUUUGCUUUCUUGGGUGAGAAACAAUAAACUAUUUAAUUUAUUCGGAUAUAUAGCUAGAAAAUUUAGUUGCCAGUCUGUCAUCUACUAUUUAUAAUUACUGGCUUCUGUGCGCUUUUUAUCUAAAAAUAUUUUAUACGAGCCAUGUUCGAGAUCAAAGUCGGUAGCUAAAGAUAAAUUUGUUCCUGAAAAGGAACAUAAAAAUACUUUUUUUUCUUCUUUAUGGCUUAUUUAUGAACUUAAGAGAAUUUGUUACUUAAUUUUCUGGUUUUGUUUGUUGGGCUUUUAAAGAAUUGCAGUUGGCAACUCCAAGUGUGAUAUUUAUUUCUGUACUACUAAAAUGGAAAAAAACCAGAGGACCAAAUUCAGCAUCCUUUAAGUAAGCCAGAUAGACCAAUAUAUUAUUUUAUUUGUACUAAUUAGUCAUGUCCUGUCACAGACAAAUUAUUCUUCUGGAUUCAAUAUCUGCUUCAGAGCAAGGAUUACAAAUAUCCUUCAAGUUACUGCUAUACUGCUGUUAGUAAUGUAUUCAGGAUGAAAAGCAAAUCUUUUUUCUAAGAGGACAGUGGUCACUAAGAAAUGUAUGUUUAACAGCUGCGCUAACUUGAAGGCAGAGACCAGAAUGUCCGCACUUAAAUGAGAUGAACUCUUCUAACUGUACCUUUCUCCUACAUAAAAAGUGGCAGUGCCGAAAGUAAGGUUAGUUUUAUUUUAGUGGUGGACUUCAGCCGGUUGUGUUUGAAAAUGUCGUCUUAGAUUAUUACAUGCACUUAGGAAAGGAAUUUUUGCUUUCUGCUGUUGUCUAGGCAAGGUCUUGUGUAUAGCACGUGUGGCUAGAGGUAUAAAAGAACUGCAUUUUUCCAUGCUGCAAGCCCAGCUCAAAUCUGUCCGUAUUAUGAAGAUGCUGUUACAGCAUGAUAAAUGGACCUAUUGUCUUGCGGCACAUUUUAACAUUUUCUGAGUAGACUGCAAAAUAUUUCAUUCUAAUAAGAUAGAUAGACCACUUAAUAUGUCAAGUGACAUUAUCUUUCACAAUUACACCUAACUAUUACCUGUUGUCCAGCUGAAUUGUGAGAUAAGGACUGAGGUUUGUCUUGAUCGUUUUUUGGAUUGGGCUUGAUUGUUUUCAGUGUCAUGGAAGUACUGGGUCCUAACUAAUGCGAAGUUGAGUGUUAGUGUAUGUAUCAUUCACUUAAUGUUUCAAGUCCAAAAGCAAUAAACAGCAAC